GGGCCCACUCUUCCUGUAUCUUCCUUCGACCAUGUGGAUCUGCAGGCUCCUAGCUCAACCGGUUCCCCUGCUUGACUGAUUUUUCAAGAUCGUCAUCAUUUGUUUUGAGGGUCAAGUCUCAAACAUUACUCACACAUACCCAGCACCCUCAAGAGGCAAAAGUCCCUGAAUGAUAGAAGUGCAGCAUGCAACACUGAGGCAUACCACACUAUAACCACUACUGUCCUAUGUACAGUAACACACAUGACACCAUUUACCAAGGCAUGAUUGCAGCAGUUUCUGAUUAGAGAUUGCCAGGCAUCUCAAUACUUCUUAUCCAAUAUCUAUUUACACACCAGGAUGAGAUUCUUCUUAGAAGGUGAUAGAAGGUGUGUUGUUGAGUGACCCCCUGCCCAGCUACACACCUCUCAGUGGCAGCACCUGCAGCCCCCUCACAGCUCCUGCACAGACAGCGCCCUUCACCACACCUCCCGCCUCCCCACAGAAUGCUAAUUUCCUACCAGCUCAGAGCACCACAGUGCUUCCUCCCUCAUUUGAAAACAUGGCAGCAAGUGGUGUGGGUGAGAGCUAUCAUCCAGUGCUGCAUCACUGGUUCUACUGUGCAGAGCCUCAGGGAUGGAAACCCUUCACCUUCUCUGACUCCUUCAAUCUUGAGGAAGCUUUUAUGCAAGGGAGCUCCGAACCCGUGGCAACAGAAGGUGGGCGCCAUGACGUGUAUAUUCAGGAACGUGUGCGGAAGCCAGUCUACUGGGAAGAGUGUGAGCCUAAGGCAGUACGGCGGUGCAGCUGGUUCAAGAAGAGUGCCCUGGACCAGCACCCCCAGCCCUACACAGAGGAGCAGUCGGCACUCCUGGAGGAGGAGUAUCGUACCUGUGUCACCAGUGGACAGUGGCACAGACAAGUGAACCUUCCUGAUGGAGACAAAGUCAUGAUUCACUCCCCUCGAGCAAUCAUCCAUUAUGUUGGUGCUGGGCUGGAAGGGGAAUUUCCCACUUCUGUGUCUGUUAAUGGGUCACAGGCACCACUCACUGUGCGCAGAGGAACAGAAGACUUUGAGAUAGAGGAUGGAGAAUGUGAACAGGUGGACCACUUGUUGUUUUUGGUGCAUGGUAUUGGCUCUGUGUGUGAUCUUCGGUUCAGGGCAGUGGAGCAGUGCGUUGAUGAUUUCCGAAAACUGGGCCAGAAUUUACUUUCAACUCACUUCAAGCAAUCAAAAGAAAUGGGGGAGAUAGGAAGAGUGGAAAUUCUUCCCAUUUCUUGGCACAAGGCAUUACAUGGUGAUGCCACAGGAAUUGAUGAAAAAUUGAAGCCCAUCACACUGCGUUCAAUCCCCAAACUUCGAGAAUUCACAAAUGACACAAUACUGGACGUUCUACUCUUUAACAGCCCAAUAUACUGCCAGCACAUCAUGGACACAGUGGCAUCUGAGAUCAACAGGCUCUUUGCCCUGUACUGCAAGCGUAACCCAGGCUUCAGUGGCCCUGUGUCUCUGGGAGGGCACUCUCUGGGAUCUGUUAUUCUCUUUGAUCUUCUAAGUCACCAGAAAGCUGACUCAGAGGAAAGUUCAACUGAUGGUGUGUCUUCUGCAACGUCUUUACCCACCUUGCCUGCUCAGCAGAAGAAGGAGAGCUCAGAUGAUGAUUCUGAUGAUAGUCCUGGUGAUAGUCCUGGUGAUAUUCCUGGUGAUAGUCCUGUUGAUGAAAAAUCAGUGGAAAGUGAGGAUGACCACUCUCACUGUGAUAAAAACAGAGCCAACUCCAUGACUUCGCCUGUGGACUACCUCAUGGGAGCAUCAGGCACUGGCCAGCCAUCUGUGGCAUACCCCAAGUUGUCAUUCAAGCCAGAAGCCUUUUUCCUUAUGGGGUCACCAAUUGCCAUGUUUGUAACAGUACGAGGCAUUGACACCAUCGGCCCAGACUUUGUGCUGCCCACAUGCAAAAGAGUGUUCAACAUUUUCCAUCCCUAUGACCCUGUUGCAUACCGCUUGGAGACACUCAUUGACCCUUCCUUGACCAAUGUGAGGCCAGUGCUCAUUCCACAUCACAAAGGAAGGAAAAGGAUGCAUCUUGAAUUAAAAGAAACAAUUGAGAGAGUUGGAUCUGAAUUCAAGCAGAAGAUUGUUGACUCCAUUCAGGGAACAUGGAACCGCCUCUAUCAGAUGUACAGUGGGACCUCAACUCAGGCCAGCAUUGACGAACAAGUGGAUGAGGCUCUGGCUUCACAACUGUACUUGGAAGAAGAAGAGGGUCCACCCAGCACAGGCAGUGGGGAGCUGGCCAUCACAGUAGGCCGACUCAUGGUGGACGCAGACUGGACUACGUACUGCAGGAGAAGCCUUAUGAAAGCUUCAAUGAAUACAUUUUUGCCCUCCAGGCACACGUUACCUACUGGGAAUCUGAGGACACACUGUUGCUAAUCCUGAAGGAGCUGUAUGGUCCUCAAGGAAUCCUAACUGAUGCACAGAAAAACCAGCCGUUGUCUAGUCCUCACACUGUGCCAGAUGGUAGUUCUUCCCUGGGUUCACCAUCAGUCAGCCCUCCCAUCAUGCAUCCACCAGUGCUCACCCCAAUGAGCUCUGUCUCUGCACCAAGCGAGCCUGUCCCAAUGUUUUCUGCCUCUGAGACUGUUCCAUUGCUUUCACCUCAGAAAAGUGAAGUUGAUUCUUCCCCUCCUUUGCCUCCACCACCUUCAUCUAAAUUCCAGCCACCUCUUUCUCCACCCUUGUCAUCUGUUCCUCUAUCCCUUUCACCUACUCCUCCCCCCAACUUGCCUGCUCCUCUUUCCCAGUCACCAGUUUCUUCACCUCCAACAAAUGCCCCUCCAUUAAUUCCCACAAUGCCUUUCAAUUCAGCUAUUUCCCCAUCACAGAUGCCUUCUCCUCCAUCCCAACCACCAUUGCUUCCAUCACAAACACCUCUUCUUCCACUGCAGCCCUCCUCUUCUCCCCUACUUCCACCAGCAACCACUAGUGUUCCUCCGCCAUCCAGAGCACAGCCCCGAGUUAUUGGAGGACGACCAGUGAUGGAGUUAUCAGACCAGCCAAUAGGGAUGGACCCAACAGUGCGGCCAGCCAACACUAAUACAGUUGGGCCUCCACCCAAAUUGCCUGGAAUGAAUUUUCGAAGACCUUCACCAUUCAAGAGAUAAACUUGGGAAGGGUAUAAAGUGAGGAGAAACAUAAUAUAGUACAUAAUUAGAACGGGUGAGACAGCUGUUUACAGUAAAAUCCCUCUCAUCCAGCAUUCGAGUAUCCAGCAGCUUCAAGUAUCCGGCACAUUUUUCCCCAAGCCUUAAGAUCAAUAAAAAAUCAUUGUGUACUCAUAAAAUCGAUUAAAAUUCCCGCGCGAGGCAUACUUUGUUCCCUCACCACCAGAGCGCACUGCUUCGCGCCACCCGCGGCCCACUGCACUGUGUUUACUCAGUGACUCAGUCCCGCGUGUGCACUGUUUAUCGCCUGACGCCUUCAUCAUGCCUAAAGUUGUAGAAAAGGGGAAGCGUGUUGUGCUUACACUUAAGCAGAAGGUAGACAUUUGUCGACGAUUAGAGAGAGGUGAAAGCAGACAGAAACUAAUGGCGGAAUAUGGUGUGGGCUCAUCAACUAUUUAUGACAUUAAAUCCCAAACGAAAAAGUUGCGGGAUUACAUGAAAGCCACCGACACCCCAAAGGCAGUGGAAAAUCGUCACACACUGCAGUAUCAUCAUGGUGAAAUGAUGGACAAAGUGUUAUACAAGUGGUUCAGCUUGAAAAGAUCAGAAGGACAUAAUUUCACUUCUAUUCAAGUAUCCGGCAACUGUCAAGUAUCCGGCAUGUCAGCGGUACCGUUGAUGCCGGAUAAGAGGGAUUUUACUGUAUUUUAUUUACAGUAGAAUCAACGCUUUAUAUAAUUAUUAUGUAUAUUUUAUGAAUGUGAUCUUGUACAUAAGGUAUGUGUAGUAUUUAAUGUGACAUGCAAUCAAGGCACAUGCUGCAGUAAAGGCACAUGAAGAUUUUUCUACAACAAGAUAAAGUUCUAAGAUUGAUGAACAUUCAUUCAGGAAUAUUUUUAGAAUUGCUCAUACAUUUCUCUUAUGUAGUUUCUAUUCUGCAUAUAUUAAAAAGAAUACUUACACAAAGUAAGACACAGCGAGACUGAGUAAGUUGAGCCGAAGCUUAAGCUGGAAAGCAGCUUAAUAUUGUGCCUUUUCUACAGCCCAUGCCUCUGCUUAUGAAUUGAAAUAAUCCUGUGGAUUGGGCUCCAUAAUGGUGGUUUCAAGGAAUUGUACAUGACUGUUGGCUAAAGGCUUUUAGUUGUCUUAGUUGCAAAAAAAUAUUUUUAUAUUUCAUUGUUCAUUGAAGAAUUUUAGUGAAUAUAGUUAAUGGUUUUCAAAUGUAUGUAGUGGGACAUACUAUUACUACAUACACAGGGGAGCACUUCCCUUAAUAAUAAGUGUUCCUCCUUGUAUGGUAGAGUGUAUCUCAGUGUGGCAGGUGCAUCAGAAGAGUAAGAGGGUGAACACAGCAGUAUUCUCUUAGACCAGCUGUGUCCUCUUCCUACUGAGGAUUGUCAAAGUAAUUGUGAUCUGUUUCUUCUCCAUUUUCAGGUCUAUUCUUCACUUUUAUUAAUGCCUGUUUGUUUUUGGCUUCUAAGAAAUAGAUGUGGAGAAUUUCACAGUCCAUACUAGCACACAGUGUGUGUCCACUGAAAAAAAUUAGUAGGUAGUGCAGGUAAAUUAUUUUUUAUUAUUCUUUCUUAAAGUAUACCUGAAAAAUCUUUGCAUGCUUCUUACAUUACAACCAAUAUUUAACAUUUGUUAGGGUAUUGUGUCAAUCUUACACAAACAGGCAGCAAUUUAGGUCAACCAAAAAGAUAAAUUGUUAGAGUUUCUUAUUCUUUCAUCAAUUGAAGAAUGAUCUAAUGUAUGGUAUAUUUACAUUUUUGUUGAAAUAUGUCUUUCAACAAAGCACACAUGCCUGGCAAGGAAACAACAUCAGUGACAGUGGUGCUCAUAAGAGAAGAGAAAGGUGCUUUGUAACUGUUAAAUUACUGCUGUUACUGGAUCUGUCUGAAGAAAACUGCAAUUCCUUGAGGCAGUAUUUUUCCAGCAAGUGUUGAUGUCAUGAAUUUCCCCCACUGGCUUCAAUCAGUUUCCACUCUUCAGUUAUGUGCAAGAUUAAGUUAUUGCUUUAUGGUUUGUGAUAAUGUUAUUACUUCUUGGCAGUACAGUAUUUGGUUCUAUAUGAGCAAAGACUUGGGCAGGGCAAGGUGUCAGAAAUCUUGACUGUUAAUCUAGGGUGGAGAUAAAAGAUGCUCCUCUACAGAAAUUAAUUGUUGUGUACUAGACUUCUUGCCUGUCUGUAUACUCUACUGUGGAUUUGUUGCAUGCUGUUAAAUUAUCUACAAGCUCCAUGUGCACAAUGAAUCAAAGUUGAUUGAGUUGAUAAAGUAAUACAUAAGCUUUUGAUUAUAAUUUUCUCAUAAUUUUUUAUCAACUGGACACCUUAUGGUCACAGUGAGCUUACCGUUCUUACCCGGGAAGUUCCUUAGUGUUCAGCUCCUGCCAAAUGUAUUCCUGUAACAAUAUCUUCCAUAAGGAAUUAUUACUUUGUGUAACAUUUUUUUAAAUUGAAAGAAAGUGAAGCAGUGUUGGAACAUUACAUUUAUUUGUUAUGAAGAUGGCAAAAAAGAUGCAUUGUUAUUGGAUUGUAAUGGCCACUUGUGAAUUUUUUUUAUCACCUGGUGACAUAAUUAUUCCAUACCCUGUAGUGGAAGCAAAGUGUGUCCACCUCACUCCUUGGUGGGAUGUAUCUGAGGAAGCUUACAUUAUUUUGCACAAGUCUGAUGGGGAACAUAAAGGGAAAGUUGGAUUAUCACAUUUCAUUCUCAUAGUUCCAAAGAAUUCUUGGAAAUUUACAUAGAUGCCAUCAUAGCAACAAUUGCAAAUAAUGUACACAUAAAAUUCUUACCAGA